AUGUGUCCAACGCUAUUCACAUCGGGGGACGCCGCCGCUGCAAAGGCUAGUGAACUAUUGCAAAGCUUGUCCGACGUCGAUAACGCCGUGAGACGCAAUCAAAUUCUUGCUCAAGCUGUCGAGCUUUACUGCUCUGCGGCCGAUCACCUAAACUUGCCUUUGGUUUGCCUCCGUCUAGAGCAAAUGCAUUACUAUUCCGGAAUAAUUGACCUGGCAUUGACGGCGGCCGCCAAGAUCGACCCGUUUAAUUUAGGUUCACAGUAUCUGGCAGACCCGGAAAAUAAGGGACAGAUUCCGGAAAUCCGAAACAUGUACUCUCGGCGUACUUCAUGUUACAAGUGCAUUACGGAUCUUUUCGACCGAGUCGUCAGCACGCCGGCCAGCGAUUUGCCAGUGCUGCGUUCAGACUCCCCUAACGAACAGCUGGAGUCUUUGGUUCGCAAAUGCCUGGCUUCGAAGGACGAACUCUGUCAUACCGCAGUAUUCGACUGGAUGAUGGAGCGCAGUUUCAGCGAGCAAAUUCUGAAGUGUAUAACUUUGGCAACAUUGCAGGUGAACUCUCCGUUUGUCGAACAGUACUUGUACCGCAAGAUUCAUGCCCAUCCGCUGGCAAACGAACGGUACAUGGACUUGUUAUGGAAAUUGUUUGAGAAGAACCGUCAGUGCAUGUCUGCUGCACAGUUACUCAUCGUAUUGGCUGAAAAAGAAAGCACGAGAAUCGGUCUCGAACAACGGAUAUUGUAUUUAUCAAGAGCUAUCAUCUGUGCCAAAUCUCAACCAGAUGGUUCCAUCGAACAGAAUGAACUGCUGCAAGAGGCUCAAGAUAAAUUUGACGUAACUGCCUAUUUUCCUUUUGAUAACAGGAAAGUGUAA